UUGCUUUCAGUUUUUGUCAAUAAUUGCAAUGAUUUUUAAUUUGAUUUGUGGUUAAAAUGAGUGAAAGUAUCACUCAAUUGAGUCAAUCCAUCGAUGAAUGCAUUCAUGAAUUGGAUUCGUUGAGACAAUUGUCACAAUCGGAUCCAAAUCAGCACAAAAUCAACAGUUUAUGUAAAUCAUUGGCCAUUCGCUACAACAACAGAGGAUUUCUAUAUUACAAAGACAUUGAAUUCAAUUUAGCCGCCGAUGACUACACGCGAGCCAUUCAAUCGGAUCCGAGUCUUGGAAUCGCUUUUUAUAACAGAGCGACCAUUCAUUACCGCAUGAAUAAUUUUGCCAAAGCGUACGAAGACUUUAAGAUUGCCACACAAUUAGAUCCAAAGAAUUGUGAAUUUCAAUUGGCAUUUGAACAAAGUUGCCAACAGUUAAACAACUGCGAUGAGCCCUCGGGAGGGGCCGCCCGUCUGGUCACUGCUUUCAAUUCAUUCAGAGAUUGCGAUCCAUUAGUUCUGUUCAGCGGUGAUAUAAUGUCGCCAUCGAUCAUGAGUACUUUCACAAAAGGAGAGCAAAUGAUUCCAGUGUUGAACGCAUUGUCUCCGGACUGUGCCGUCUUCGGGAACCAUGAAUUCGACUUCGGUGUCGAACAUCUCGAUUCAUGGAUGAAAAGGACUUCAUUUCCGUGGCUUAUGAGCAAUGUUUAUGAUAAUAGAUCUAACCGUCCCUUUAGUAACGGCAAAGUGUGGCAUAUCAUCGACAGACACAACAAAAGGUUCGGAAUAAUAGGUUUAGUAGAGGAGCAGUGGUUGGCCGACUCUUUACACGAAGGCUACGUUUACCGUGAUUUUGUCACCGAAGGCCGAAAACUGGCCAAACAUUUGAAAGAAAAGGAAAGCGUCGAUUUUGUGAUAGCAUUGACUCACAUGCGAUGGCCUAACGACUGCCUUUUGGCCGAAGGUGUGGCCGAAAUUGACUUAAUACUGGGCGGACACGACCACGACUAUCAAAUCCGCAAAAUCAAUGACAAAUUCUGUAUCAAAAGCGGAACAGAUUUCAGACAAUUCAGUAAAAUUGACAUCAAAUUCAUAGACAGCGAAGAAUAUGAGAUCGAAUGCAACGAAAUAAAUGUCAAUUCAUUUGAUUUUAAAGAAGACCAAACACUGAAACAAGAGCUACAAAAAUAUUUUAUCUCACAUGACAUAAAGGUGUAG